CCGAAGACCUCAUCAUCUUUCCUGCACGGAUGAUCAUCCCUAUACCCGAGAACAACAUUCUUUUUACAUCCAACACCCUUAACAAGAGCUACUCUACGACCGCCUUCUGCUCACCUGGGAUUUCGGUCAGAAUGGUACAACAAGUCCUGUAUAUGUUCACCUUCCUGACGAUUUACCUGAUAACCAGAUGUCCUCGUUUGAUUCUGAAGGAACCUUUCCUGUGUCCUUUCACUGUUGGAAUAAUAUUCCGAGGCCACUGUGAUCUCAAAUGUGACAGCAAGGAGCUGGAACAUGAGUAACUUUAUGCUGUAUCAUACGAGAACGUUCAGGUUAUGAACGGGUAUGUUCCUCAGUCGGCAGUCCUCUUCACCUUAUCCUGCUAGACGUUCAAUUUCCUCCCUCACAUGUGAAAGUGAGCUUCGACUUUGGUGAUGAAAGUCUCCCUAACACCACAGAUUUGAAAAACUGGACUCAUCUUUACAUGUACCCGUACAGAAAUGUCUAUAACGGUACCCUAACCCUGUCGCACCCAGAGAAGGAUAACAUAUCUUUGAGCUUAAAAAUGCGGGUGGGAGCCUUUCAGCUGGCUGUGCAAUCCUUAGGUGGCCUGGUGAUCCAGAGCGUAUUUCAGUUUAACGUUUCUGUUCCGAUGAAUUUUAGUGGCUUUGCGACUGUGGAUUUUGGAGAUGGAAGCUCUGCCUCGUAUUACAGAAGGUGGACAAUGUUUGGAUAUUCUACCACGUCUAUCGAAGCGUAGGGUACUACCAGGCUAGUUUGAAAGGCGGCUACAGCUCUAUAAAUUCUGGAAACGUCUCUCCCUUUCGGGGCUUACAGAGAAUGUUUCGUUUCCGGGAACGCUGGAGGUGGAAGGAUCUGUGCAGUACAUAAAUCUCACUGUAUUACCAAGCGAAGUAAACCAUCCCCCAGGAAAUGUCACAGCUUACGUUCGGCUGAAUUCCCAGCACAGGAUCAUGCACAUGAACUGCUCGCUUAACUGGGGCGAGAUCAUGGACGAGACUUUUAUCACCUUGACCGGUCCGAUGGAACCGUACACUGAGAUCGUUUAUCGAUACACCUACAUCACGCUGGGCUCCAAAGUCGUGUCGCUGGAAUGUAGCAAUGCCUACUCGCACAGCAUCGUUCAGGUGGAGGUUUUUGUGAACAAUGAAUGUUUCUCGCCAGACCCCAUCUUCGACCGACAGUACAGCAAGCGGGCAAAGCCCAUGACAGUUCUGAACUCCGACCCGGCGAAACUUGUCACACGCACUGUCAUCAACUGCACGGACAUCAAACCCAGAUUUACCUGGGCUAUCAAGAUCGUCAAAAACGACUCGGUGCUGGCCUUUGAAAACCCGAAUAUGGACUACCUGACGUGGGAGCGUGGGCAGCUGGAUCCCGACUUGUACCGGUUCAGUCUCAACAUCUCCUUCGGGCGCGAGCAUGACUUCUGUUGGCUGUCGGAGAUGAUAUACGUCAGGGUGGAGAGGGCACCGCUAGUUGUUGACAUCCAGGGCGGCAAGGUCAGGAAGACAGGUGAUCCUCACGCCAUAGUGGACGCUCGGACAGGUUCCUAUGACCGCGUCAUGGGUUACGGCAACAACGAGGCUUAGCGUUCACCUGGAGCUGCAGGGCCUACAACUCCACCAGCGUGCAAGAGUUACUCUCCUUGGAAUCUGCUGCUCCCCAUGGCUCGUCCAUUGCAUGUGACAGCAUAUCCACUGAAAUCGAGGCUGGCAAAA